UAUGAAUAAUUCAAGAUCAACAGUCAAAAAAGGAACAAAUAAUCUUCCUAUUUAAAAUGGAGACUUGGAAGAAUAUAUGUAAUUCAUAAAAUAUACUAUAUUAUUAGAUAAAUAUUGUAUGAUCAUUAAAAGAGUUGUGAAAAGGCAGGGAAAUAUUUAGAAGCUGAUUAAGCAAAAAAAAGAUUAGGAGAAUUAAAAAAAGAUUUAGAUUCAAAAAAUAAGAUAGAAGUUAAGGAUAGACAUACUAAUGAAAAAUAAGAAAUUGAAAAGGCUCAUCUUGAAGAAUUUAAUCAAUUUAACGAAUUUUGGGAUUAGAAAAUGGCUGAAUUUGAUUAAGAAGCUCAAAGAGUUAAAGAAUAAGUACUUUAAAGACAUGAUGAAGAAUUGAAACAAUUUACAGAUGAAUUAGAAAAUUCAAUACCUGUUAAACCAAAAGAUUCUGCAGAAUUACUUAGUUUAAGAAAGACUGAGGAAUCUUUGGCAAGAUAAGAAAAGUAUAUAUAAAUAUAUAUAUAUUUAGUUACUAAGAGGCUCAUGUUACUUAAUAAAGAAUAUUAUCAAUGGAAAGAGAUGAAUAUGAAAGAUGGAAUUAAUCAAGAUCAUGUAAGAUUAGAAAUCUCAUUCUUCAACUUAAACAAAAAUAAAGUACUGAACUUAGUGCUUUACAGUAAAGAAUUGUUUCAGGUUAAGAAGAAUAAAGGAAGAUUAGAUCAUAGGAAUUAGAGAAGUAUAUUUAAUGAGAUAAAAAUAGAUUAUUAUAAAAGUAUUAGAAUGUUAGAAAAGAAUUGAGUAGUUAAUAGAAUUAAGAAAUCACAAGACUUGAUAAGACUAAUAAAACUUAAUCUAUUAUGUAAUAAUCAAGAAUGAAUUCAUCUAAAAUGUAAGGUUCUUCAAUGAAAAAAGGAGAUGAAGAAAACUAUUAUAUUAAAUGA